ACGGUGGCCGACAGGGGUCGCUGCACUGCAACAAAAGAAAACACAUGCAAAUAGAAAAAACACCAGCAAAUAAAGAAAACAUCUUCAUCAGUUUGACAACACAUGCGCUGCAAAAACUCGCAACACAUCCAAAUUCAGAAAACACGUUGCAAAUUCUUAAAACACAAACAAAAACAGAAACGCGUUCCAAAACUCACAACACGAACAAUAACACAAAAGCGCUGCAAGUUCUAAAAAAACACGACCAAUAACAGAAACGCGCUGCAAGCGGAUCAAACGACAACGGAAGUGUUUCAGGGGGGACGCAAAAAGUGAUGCACCAGUCUGGGAAAUGUUUUUCCGGAAAUGUUUACAGAGCUUAGACAAGUUGUAAGAGGGUUAAAGUCAAGUUAAACUAAUGGUAAUGUAUUGUCCAUAUUGUGGACGUGAAUUGGCAGGCCAUAUUGGAUGUUAUUGUAGUUCCUGUGGCAGCAACAUUCAAUUUUUGGCACCCUUUCUACAUGACGGCCCAGGAACGGUCUCAGAUGAACUCUCAGAGGCAGGCCUUAUCCGUAAAUACUUCUUAGAGGGCCACACAUACCAAGUGAUCUGUGACUUUCUUGAAACAAGACACAACAUUUUCUUGAGUCUAAAAACCUUAAAGAGAAGGCUAAAGAGGGCAGGUUUAACUAGGAGGACUGACUUUACUCCCAUUGCCUCUGUGCAUGCCGCUAUUAGUCAUGAGUUGACGGGUUCAGGACGGCUUUUAGGUUACAGAGCUAUGUGGCAGACAUUAAGACAAAAGCAUGGCCUGACAGUUAAACGGGAUGAUGUAAUGAAUGCUCUUCGCAGACUGGAUCCAUCUGGAGUUCAUCUUCGCCAUACACGCAGGUUUGUCCGAAGAGGAUACUUUACAGAAGGACCAAACCAAGUGUGGCAUGUUGAUGGGUAUGAUAAGCUCAAACCAUUUGGUAUUGGCAUCAGUGGAUGCAUUGAUGGAUUUUCAAGGAAAGUGAUGUGGCUCUGCAGUGCCAGCUCUAAUAACGAUCCAGGAAUUAUUGCUCAUAAUUAUAUGCAGUGUGUAUUUCAAUUUGGGCUUCCUGCACGCCUUCGCACAGACUGUGGAACAGAAAAUGGCACUAUGGUAGCCAUUCACUGUGCAUUAAGGUCACAUCAUACAGAUGAUUUCGCUGGAGUACUGAGUCAUAUGUAUGGCACCUCGACUGCAAACCAGCGAAUUGAGAGUUGGUGGUCCUUUUUUAGAAAGCAAAGGACUCAGUUCUGGAUUGAUCUCUUCAGUGACCUACGGGAGCGGCACCUUUUCAGUGGUAGCCAUGAACAUAAGUGCCUUCUAAGGUAUGUCUUCUUGGGCGUCUUGCAGAAAGAGCUUGAUGAAUACAGAGAACUUUGGAAUAACCACACCAUCCGGCCUGUUCGUCAAUCUCGUUGUCCUUCUGGUAAACCUGAAGCCAUGUACCACCUGCCUCAUAGGUUUAAUGCAAGGGACUGUGGAUUCCCAGUGUUUUAGGAAGUCUUACAAGAGUUUGAGGACAUUCUGCCUGAACAGCGGAGUCUGUGUGGGGAUGAUAAUCUUCAAGUUCAUUUUGCGAAUUUACAGAGACAGAGUAGACUGGCUUCACCAGUCAACUGGACAACUGCUGUUGAGAAUUACAUAUCACUCAAAAAUAUGUCUGGACUUUAGAAUUCAGUUAAUUUAGUACAUUUCUUACUGUAAAUAUUUAUUUUUGUGAGUGGAAGCAGUUGCUGAGGACUUCCUUAGGACAACUUUAACCUUCUCAAUAUUUUGAUAUUUUUGCACCAUCAGAUUACAGAUUUUCAAAUAGUUGUAUAUCAGGACAAAUAUUGUCCCAUCCUCAAAACACUAUUUAUCUA